AUGGCAGCAGCAUCUGCAGACGUCGCUUUCUCAGUCGACGGCAAAACUGCCGUUGUGACAGGAGCUGGCAGUGGAAUCAACUUUUGCUUCGCCAAACUCCUCCUGUCCAAGAACUGCAAUGUAGUGAUAGCGGAUCUCGGAUUGCGCCCAGAAGCCGAGAAGCUCGUCGGAGAAUACUCUUCCAAAGAUGGACCCAAGGCUGUAUUCGUCAAGACCGACGUCACUGUAUGGGAUCAGCUGGAGAACGCCUUCAAGACCGCAGACCAGGAAUUUGGUGGUGUUGACAUCGUGUGCCCUGGCGCUGGCGUAUACGAACCUCACUGGAGCAACUUCUGGCUACCACCCGGCUCGGCCAUCUCAAAGGAUAAAGUUCACGGGACAGAGGUCGAAGGCAUCGGUCACUAUACCCUUCUAGAUAUCAACCUGACGCAUCCAAUUCGCGCAACUCAAAUGGCUAUAUCCAGAUGGCUGAACCCGCCUGAGGGAAGCAAAGCCGGGAAGGUGUCCGCCACAAACCCGAAGCGUGUUGUACACAUCUCUUCCAUCGCAGGCCAGUUACCAGGCUUUCUCUGCCCUUUGUACACAGCCUCGAAGCAUGGUAUAUCAGGCUUCAUCCGCUCGAUGGCACCACUCGAAAGCACGCUUGGAAUUCGUGUCAAUGGCGUUGCUCCAGGUAUCAUCAGGACUCCACUUUGGACCGAACAUCCUGAGAAGAUGACUUUCCUUGACACCGAGCAAGACGAAUGGGUGGAGCCGGAAGAUGUGGCUGAAGCUAUGCUUCGCUGUGUGGAAAGCGAUGACGUUGUGGGUGGUUGGGUGUUGGAAGUGCUCAAGGGAAGGACAAGGAAUGUUGACUGGAGGAACGACCCUGGUCCAGAAGGUCCUGGCGGUACAGCGAGCAACAGAGAUAAUGCAGCUGCUGAGGUGUAUCAAUGGUUGGGUGAGCCUGGAUGGGGUGUUGCAAAGUGA